AACCUAUCCUAGUAAUUUCAAUUUCGUAAACUAUAAUUAGUGGUGCUUAUCAACUAAAGUCAAUUUAUAAUUUUAUUAAAAAGUAAAUUAUUUUUUUUUUCUUAAAGAGUAUUCUUUUUAAAAGAAUAAAUAAAAUUAAACCGGAAUAAUUGUCACACAAAACAAAACCUGUGUGCCAAAAUUCCAUUAGAAUUUAACCAAAGCUGUUUUGCCACUUUGUCAUCAUCAUAGAAUAAAUCAAAGUGAGGCUGAAAAGCCAAACUAUUUAAACCACAACUCUCUUCGAGUUUCUUCGAGACACCUCUGAAAUUAUAUAUAUAUAUAUCUCUCAAAUUUAUUAUUUCUAAAAAUCAUCGAUAAAAAUAAUUAUUCAGAGGAAAAUAAAAAUAAAAAUGGCAAAGGCGCGUUUGGUUGGUGUAGGAAUGGAUUACUCAGCCACAAGCAAAUCAGCUUUAAAGUGGGCAAUCCAUGAUUUUGUUGAAGAUGGUGAUCAGAUUAUCAUGAUUCAUGUAGCUUCUCCAAAAGCUGAUCCCACAAAUAAGCAGCUUUUUGCAGACACCGGCUCCCCGUUGAUACCUUUGGAAGAAUUCAGAGAAAUGAAUGUAUCAAAGCAAUAUGGACUCACCCCUGAUUCUAAUGUUCUUGAUAUGCUUACCACACUCUCCAAAACUAAACGAGUGAAGGUGGUGGCUAAGGUGUAUUGGGGGGAUCCAAGGGAAAAGUUGUGUGGUGCUGUGGAGCAGCUCAAGCUUGAUUCACUUGUUUUAGGAAGCAGGGGUUUAGGUGCCAUCAAAAGGGUGUUACUUGGAAGCGUGAGCAACUACGUCGUACAACACGCAACUUGUCCGGUCACUGUCGUGAAGGGGACACCGUCGAGGGCCAAGCCUUAGCUUCGUCUAUUAUAUUAUUAUACAUUGCUGUGAAUUUGAAGAAACCGGUAUUGCAUUCGUGUGUUUAUGUUGUUUGAUUUAAUUGUCUCGUUAAUACAAACAUAAAAUUAAUUAUUUUCGUUGUAAAUUGAAAUAAUCCGACUUAAGGUUGAGCGGUGGUGAUGUACGAUAAAAUUAAAAUGCUCAGUGUGGAUACGUUGUGGUUUUUGCAGUUGUGACUCA